UGCAGAGGUCAGUGCGCACGGGACGGAGUUGGGGUGUGUCUAGCCAGGCCGUGUUCUCCGCUCUUGGCAGCAGACCGGGCCCGGGAGCUGGCCAGCUGCAAAUGCAGCCCGGCCGGAUGGGAAAGGAGGACCCGGGGCCCGGCCCGGCGGGAGGGGAGGACCCGGAGCCCGGCCCCGCGGGAGGAAAGGACCCGGGGUCUGGCCCGGCGGGAGGGGAGGACCCGGCCCCAAGCCCCGCCGCCGUGCAUGCAGUGAGGCCCCGCGUCCCCGGGCCGCCGGCGCGGGAGGAGGAAGAGGAGGAGGGUGGCCCGAGCCCCCUCGGAGGAGCAGCCCGGGCACGAGAGCCGCGCUGCGCCGAGGCUGAGCAGGCGAGGCCAGCCCGGCCCCGCGACCCGGAGCAGAGCCUGGCCGCCCCCGGGGCCCCGGCGCUGCCGGAGGAGGGGGAGGCCCCGGAGCCGUCUCGCGCCGUGUCUCUCUCGGAGAUUCUGCGGAUGGUUCAGCAAGGCCAGGACAUUCCCGGGCUGGAGAAGCUGCACAUCACGGCCACCUGCAGGGAGCCCACCGCAUCGCAAAUCCCCCGGAGACCCAAGCCUUGGGAAACCCGGCUCCUGGCCAGCCCCGCGGUGCCCUCGCCCUAGACCCGCUGGCAAGACUGGACCCCCCCUCCCCCCGCCCGGGACGAGGCCGCAGCUGAGCCCCCCAGCCACCUGGUGAAUCCGGCCGCCGGCAGUCACGUAUUCAUUCAGCAAACGUUAAACACUUACCCUGUGCCUCGCAGCUUAGUGGGGUGAGGUGGGAGUGGGGGUAGUUGGGGGAAAAGAGUACCCUCCCUUGGAGGAGCAUUCAUGAAAGGAAAGGGCGCUGGACUUGGCCAAGAGACGUGGAUUCGAGCCACCUCUGCUGGACAGAUCAGUUCACUGCUGAGCCAGUUUUCUCCAUACAGUUGGGAUGUGCUUGCACUUACCUACCUCAAAGGGCUGUGGUGAGGAAAAUGCUUUGCAAACUUUAAAGGACUGUACCAAUAUGAGCCAUGGCUACCUGAACGGAACUGUUGCUUCGAAGACAAGCUGGAGGACAGAUAUUGAAGGCAACGAAUUUAAAAAUACUUUAUGGGGGAAAAAAGUGCUUACGAAGCUACAGACUUGACAACUUUUGACACUAUGAAAUGAAGAUUCUGUAACUCUCCCAAACCAUUAAAAGUACAAACCAUCCAUAGUACAAAAUAAAAACACGUGCUCUGCAUGUUAUUACACCAGCGUUGACGAUCUGAAAAUCCACGAUUUGACUUUCAUGAGCUUGCUAACCAGCAGUCUUGCUUGUUUCCAAAUGGAGUUUACAGUGUGGUUAUGAGAUUGUAAAUAAAUAUGGUAUACUUAA